UGGAAAGUGACUGGCUAUGAGUGGGCGCGGCCAGCUGGGAGAAGAAGUAUUGUGGCUGGUCAUGUGACGGUCAGAUGACCGAGGAGUCAGGAAGAGAGAGAGACGGGGCUGAAAGGCCAGUGGUCCGGUGCGGUGGGCUUGCCCAGCAGGGGUGGCGGAUACGAUGCCACAGAAUCGUUCAAUGGAGAGCCAGGCUUAUUCCCUUCCCCUGAUACUGCCAGACCUGCGCAGGGAGGAGGCCAUACAUCAGAUCACAGACACCUUGCAACACCUGCAGACUGUAUCCAAUGACAUAUUCAGCAGGAUUCUGCAGAGGGUGGAGACCAACAGAGGCCAACUACAGAGAAUCAAUGGCCGACUGAGCCUUGCGCAAGCAAAGAUAGAACGACUCAAAGGCAUUAAGAAAGCCAUUAAGGUGUUUUCCAGCGCUAAGUACCCGGCCCCGGAACACCUUCAGGAAUACAGUUCCGUGUUUGCUGGUGCUGAAGACGGCUGGUUGGCAAAAAAGCUGCGGCACAAAAUCCAGAGUAAGCACCGACCACUGGAUGAGCAGGCUGUUCAGGAAAAACUGAAGUAUUUCCCAGUGUGCGUGAAUACAAGAGGGCAAGAUGAGGAGAGCGCAGAAGAAGGGUUGGGCAGCCUCCCCAGAAACAUCAGUUCUGUCAGCUCCUUGCUCCUUUUCAACACAACAGAGAAUCUCUAUAAGAAGUACGUGUUCCUUGACCCACUUGCUGGGGUCGUGACUCGUACCAACCCGGCAUUAGAAGGAGAGGAUGAGGAGAAGCUUUUCGAUGCACCCCUUUCCAUCACGAAGAGGGAACAGCUGGAGCGACAGACUGCGGAGAACUACUUCUAUGUCCCAGACCUUGGGCAGGUUCCCGAAAUAGAUGUCCCGUACUCUCUGCCGGACCUGCCGGGGGUGGCUGAUGAUCUCAUGUACAGCGCCGACCUUGGGCCUGGCAUCGCUCCUUCUGCACCUGGAGUUCCUAUCCCCGAGCUUCCAACCUUCAUCACAGAGGACAUCACAGAAAACUCUAGGACAGACAGUCAGGAUGGUCGACUUCUCCCACCUCCGCCGCCACCCCCUCCUCCUCCACCUCCCCCACCCCCUCCUGAACCCAGUGUCCUGUCGCCCCCUACAUCUCUGGCCCCACCUUUGCCUAUACCUGCCCCUGCCAGGGUUGGCAGCAGCGAUGUUGGAGACCCAGGUUCUCUACAGGGGGCUCCCAAAGAAGUGGUCAAUCCCUCUGACGGAAGAGCAUCCUUGCUGGAGUCCAUCCGCCAGGCUGGGGGCAUUGGGAAAGCCAAACUGCGUAAUGUGAAGGAGAAAAAGCUAGAGAAGAAGAAGAUGAAGGAGCAGGAACAGGUGCGAGCAACAGGAGGCGGUGGCGACCUGAUGUCCGAUCUCUUUAAUAAGUUGGCGAUGAGACGCAAAGGCAUAUCGGGAAAGGGUCCAGCUGCCGGAGAAGCAAGUGGGGACGGUCCUACAGGCGCCUUUGCUCGCAUUUCCGACACCAUUCCCCCGCUACCCCCACCGGAUCAGGCCUCGGGAGAUGGAGAUGAGGAAGACUGGGAGUCUUAGCCGUGGUGUCCCAUCCUGAGGAACCCCUGCCAAGGAUUUGUACUGUUCCACAUUCUAGAUCAGGCACAGUCCAUUAGCACAGGCCUAGAGGUCUUCUGAUGGACUGGAACCUGUCAGAUCAGCACCACCAUUGACACCAAGGAAAAUCAGCUUCAGAUGUUGCUGGUUAUGAAGGAACUUUUUUGCAUCUUUUUUCAUUUUUAUAAACGUUUAGAGCUUUUGAGGAGCAGCUGCUUGUAUUGAUGCCCCUUUAUCAUUUUCCUCCUGCUUCCAUUGGCUGGCACCAACCAUAGCCAUUUUUUUUUUUACUGCCUCUCCUCAUUAGCCCUGGGAAUAGGCAGGUAUUUAUCACUGUGAUAACAUAAGCAAUGUCCGACUUACUAUCUCACUACAACCCCAUUGUUUAUUAUUCCGUCUAUAAUUCAUUAUCAUUGCCGGUAUUCUACUGGGUGCAUUCAUGGUCCUAUCAAGUUCUCGGAGCUUUAGUCGCACUGAACGAAACAAGGAAGGGUCCCAUAUAACUUCAGUCUUCAUUAAUUUGCCUGUGGGUAUGUGCCUAAUGGAAAGAUUAAACUCUGAAUAUUAUUUUU